UCAAUUUUUUUUAGUUUGCAAGUCUUAUGCAACGAUUCAUUUUGAUAGCCGUUUUUUUAUCCAUUAUUUCUAAAUUUAACGCUGUAACUGACAUGUACAAUGUUAUUUACAUUCAAAGCAACGUCGAUCUUGAAUCGAGUAAAUAAAAACAAAUUUAAAAAGAUAGUAGAAUCGUUAAAAAAAGUAAUUUAUAAUUUUACAAAUAAAAUCUGAAUCGCGUAACUCCUACGCGAAAAAAAAAACGCUGGAGGCUCAGCUUGAUCCAAGCAAAAGAUUAAAAAUCAAAUUACCCGCAAAAGCAAUUACACCGCUUCUCCUCAUACACGAUCUCUCAUCGGAAAAUUAUAUAACCGCGACACGGAGCGAACUGCAUCUAAUAGACCGCAGCAGAAAAUUUUCAUCGCGCGGAAAGGGAAACCACGGGCGCGCUUACAGCGGCUCAUCAUCUGCUCGAUCCGAUAUUGUACGAGGCUGACCAGGAGGGAAAGUGCGCGCGAGCUCUCUGACGUCCGUGAGAAACUUUCAGCGUUGAUAUACAUCUCCCGAACUCGAGAAUCUUCUCUCUUUCACGCGCGAGCGAGAGAACCAUGAAAACCUGCGUCGUCUUCGCCCUGUUCGGCCUUUUGGCCGUAGCAGCAGCCUUUCCCCAAAAGGACGGUCAGCGCUUCAGCAACGAGGCGAUCAAGCAAGCCCAGCAGACCUACUUGAUUCCUAAGGACGCGCAGAUUCAAAAUGUCCAGGAGGGCAUCGAGCUCGCGGCCUACGAGUCGAUCCCCGGCAACCAGAGGAUCAACCUCUUUGAGAUUCUCGGUGAACACGUACCCGCCGAGGUUGUCAACAAUCUCCAAGGCCAGAUCGACCAGAUUGGAAGGAACUGAGCUUCUUCUAGACCGUCGUCCUAAUUCGCUGUUUGCUGAUGUGACUUGGUCCAUGCGCGCGUCACGAAGCCAACUACGAGAUUAUUUUCGCAACCAACGAAGCAAUAUCGAAGUUCUUGUAUAGAUUAUU